CCCGAUGUCUAGUUCCAGAGGCUGCUGAUAUGUCAAAGUCGGUGAUCGGAGAACUAUUCGACGCUGAACCCAACACCCAAAGUUGAGAAAGCCUGUGAAAGAGAUGGCGCAACCAAGCAAAGAACCCUGCAAGAAAGAGGCUUGCGACAUCCAAGCUUGUCUCUCGAAGAACAAUUUUCUUCCUCAAAGGUGCCAGAGAGUGAUAGAGAUGCUACAGGCUUGUUGCGAGAAAUGCAAUAACGAGUCAACACAUUGUGGAUCUGUAGCUGCCCUCUUGAAGCAAAUCAAGAAGUAAAACCAGAGGCAUCACAUCAGGGAGAAACACUACAAUGCACAUUACUCAUUCUGAUAUGAUGACGCAUACAUUAUUAUCUUUUGUAUAAAUUUUGUCACUUUCCAAAUAAAAGAAUGUUGAGUUAAAAAAGAAAAAAGAAAUCGAAAUAAUAAUUGUAUUUGAAA